AUGACCGCGUCCGCGCGUACUGCAAGUACCUCCGCGGGGCCUGCGCAGCGCGCGGCGCCCGCGCUCGCUGCUGCUGGCGGAGCGGCCGGCUCGGCCCGUGGUCACGAGUCUAAAGACUGCAAGUCGCGCCAUGCUUGCCGCGUCUGCACUCAAAGGCACCACUCUUCAUUGCAUGAAGAUGCGCCUCCUCCAAACGUCUUACUGACUACGGAGUCUUCUUCUUCCCCUGAGUUGCGCUCAGUAGCGGAAACCUCCACGCCCACUCCAUUACAUGGAGAUACGGGGCAACGUUCUAGUAAAAACUGUACGGUCUUACUCACGACUGCGCUUGUAAAUCUACGACCCUUGAACCAGGGGCCUUACACGCCGCGGUCCGUGCGAACCCUUGUGGAUCAAGGUUCGCAGACCACACUCAUUUCUGAGUCGUGCGUCCAACGUCUCGGCCUGCCGCGGUACGCCGCGCAGCCGGGUACCACUCUCUCCGGUAUUGGUGGCGAAGUCCGACCACGUGGUUACGUGUUGUGCGAGGUCACACCCCACAAUAAACCCGAACCGAAGCUUCACAUCGAAGCUUAUAUCAUACCGGACUUGACAAGCUACAUAGCUUACAUUCCUAAAUCGAUUGGGAAUAUUCAGAAGUUUCAACACCUUCAAAAGCUUGAUCUAGCGGACCCAGAACUGCGUUCAACGCGGCCUGUUGAACUGCUACUGGGAUCUGAUUAUCUGGAUAGCAUACUGCUACUGGAUAAUAUCAAGGGUCCACCGGGCACACCCGUGGCCAUCAACAGUAUUUUUGGUUAUUUGAUAGGUGGUAGAAUUUCAUAUGAAAGUAUGAAACGACUAAGUGUCAACUUGAGCACUUGCCAACUUGACAUGAAACUUCAAAAGUUCUGGGAAUUGGAAUCCAUACCAGAACAUCCACAUCUUACAAAAGAUGAAUUACGCUGUGAGUCGAUCUUCGUCGAUACUCACACACGAGAUGCAAAUGGGAAAUAUACAGUUUCUCUACCCUUCAAAGAAAAUGCUCCGCCCUUGGGCAAUUCUCGUGGUAUAGCUCUCUCACGUUUAACUAAACUAGAGGCACGUCUGUCUCUCGACCCUGCCUUACGGGAGAACUAUAACAAAUGUAUCCAAGAAUAUUUAGACUUGGGACAUAUGACUGAUUCAACUGAUUCAACGAGUCCUGGCACUCCCCCCUACUACCUACCACACCACGUUGUGGUGAAGAGUUCCACAUCCACUCCAGUUACUACGAAGUAUCGUAUCGUGUACGACGCUUCAUGUAAGACUACGUCAGGUCGUUCUCUUAACGAUAAUCUUCUCACGGGUCAGAAAUUGCAUCAAGACAUUUCUGAAAUUUUAUUGAAGUACAGACUUCAUAAAAUCGUCUUUACGGCUGAUCUCAAAAUGAUGUAUCGCUACAUCGGUCUUUGUAAAGAACACCGUGACUUCCAUCGGAUUCUUUGGAGAUUCUCUCCACAUGAUCCCGUAAAGGAAUAUCGUAUGUGCUCUGUCACAUUCGGCGUCGCUUCCGCGCCUUUUCUCGCUUUGCGAACACUUCGUCAAUUAGCAAUUGAUGAAGCUGCUAACUUUCCACUUGCCUCGCAAGUACUUCUCAACGAAGUAUUCGUUGAUGAUGUCGUUACUGGAGUUGAUACAGUUGAAGAUGCUAUCACUCUUCAGCAUCAGCUAACUUCCAUUUGCAAAGCAGGAACCUUCGAACUCCGCAAAUGGACCAGUAAUAAUUCUGAGUUUUUAUCGCAUUUAAACGAUGAUGCUUCCGAUCACGAUGACGCACUCAUUCUGUCAGCACUUGACACUGACACGUCCGUCAAGGUCUUGGGGCUCAAGUGGAACCCUAAAUCUGACGUUUUUUCCUAUCAAACGGAUGGAGUAGCUAACUCACGCAAAUGUACAAAGCGUAUAAUGUUGUCAGAAAUCGCUAAGAUUUACGAUCCCCUCGGAUUUCUAGGUCCAGUGACUGUAUUCGUGAAGCAUUUAAUCCAACUUUUAUGGGUAUCAGGCUCAGGUUGGGAUGCUGCCCCUCCACAGGGUAUCUGUGACUUGUGGUUUCGGUUCAUCGACGAACUGCCGUUGCUACAAGAUAUUGCGUUACCUCGUCACGUGCUUCCUAGCACACAUCAAGUGUCACUUCAUGGUUUUUCAGACGCAUCUGAAAAGGCGUACGCCUACAGGCGUAUGUCUACAUUCGUGUCGUUGAUUCGAACGGUGCCAUCAGCACCCACCUUCUCAUAG